AUAAGCUCCAGGAUACAGAGACUGAAACCUCUCUACUCCCGAGCUCUCCGAGAAGUAAGUGGUGGCUGCACCUCCACAGUAGCAGUCUCCUGUUCAGUUCUGCUCGCCGGGAAGCCAAGCCAUGGCUGUGGUGGAGCUCAAGGUCGGGAUGCACUGCGACAGGUGCAUCAAGUCGAUCAAGAAGGCGAUCAAGACGAUCGAUGACAUGGAGAGCUACCAGCUCGAGAAAGAAACGAACAAGGUGACCGUGACGGGGAACAUCACCCCGGAGGAAGUGGUGAAGGCUCUGCAGAAGAUCGGGAAGACGGUAACUUACUGGGGCGAGUGAAGAACAGAGCCCAGAGGAAGAGGGAACAGACGGUAACAUAGUGCUGCUGGGGCGAAGACUAAAGCGCACGGAAUCAGCUAGCUAGCUAGUUACUGUAUUUACCAUGGGAUAUCAGGAGCUAUUUGUACUGCAGAUCGGGUAAUUGUGGUGAGUUUCUUUGAACUGCUAGAUGUUGGUUCUUCCCUCGCUUGAUCAUAUAUUGACCGCGGCGUCGUCGUGUUGGGUUAGCUCAUCUGUACUCAUGGCAAAAUCUUGUAGAGGAUGAACCCAAUUUUUGUACGUUUUCACGGGGAAUAUAUGUAUGAAAAGAGUGAUAUGUUUCA